UAGUUUAGUCCGAACACAGAAGGGUGGAUGGAAAUGGUUCCCUUAUCCUUUCUUUCUUCUUCAUGCUCAAUAAGAUUCCAAAACCAACCCCAGGUAAUAGUUAUCUGUUUCUAUCUUUUCUUCUACAACAAUGGCUAAGGCUAUUGCAGGCUUCAGCAUUAUCAAACCAACUCUGCAUAGCUCAAAUCUCCACCCCAAAUCAGCUCUCAUCCCACAUUCAAAACUGCUUUCAAACUCUGGAGGUUUCAGUCAUCAAGAACUGCCUAAAGUUGCAAAGCCAAAAAGGGGAUCUCUAAGCAAAGUGAAUGCCUUCCCCGAUUGGCAAUUGAUGGCAGUUCUAGUUGAUCAUUUGGAUGGCCAAAGAGACCUUGUUACCCACAAAUCCAUAGUGCAUCUUAGUGAUGAAGCUAUAAAGAAUGUCUACAGUCUUUACAUCAUGUUCACAUGUUGGGGUUGUUUGUUCUUUGGCUCCAUGAAGGAUCCAUAUUAUGACUCAGAGGUGUACAGGAAAGAUGGAGGAGAUGGAACAGGACAUUGGGUCUAUGAAAAGCAAGAAGACAUUGAAGAAGCAGCAAGAGCAGACCUAUGGAGGGAGGAGCUGAUAGAGGAGAUUGAACAAAAGGUUGGAGGACUUAGAGAGUUGGAAGAAGCUGGAAAGAAAUAAGAGGUUUUUGGGAAUCAUCCAUUUACGUUCUUAAUUUAUUACAACAUAAAUCAUUCUGUGUAUAUAAUAUUGAAACACUUGGGAUUCUGUAGCUGAUGGGAAUGUGACAGUUUUAGUAAAACAGCAGAAACAAUCCAGAAAAACACAAGAAAAUAUCAGUUCUUGUGAAGAAUUUGCCUCAGAGGUAGUGAAAAUCUUGUAUUAUCAUCA